UGCAAAUAGAUAAAAGGUAAAUUGUUAUUGUCAACUUCUGAAAAAACAACCCAACAUAUAUGCAAUUUAGUAAUAGACAAGAACUUGAGUGUGUUUCUCCUGCUCGUCUAAUCCUGUUCAAUUUCCGGCGAUAAAACAAGCUUCCAAUUUUUCCAGAGCGAGACUUGUUGGAUCAAUACACACCAUAACUCUAUCUUCUUUGAUGAGAAAAAGUUAGAAAAAUGGCGGAUUCCGACAAAAACUGGGAUCAUUAUCUCCGAACACUCUCAGCAAGUGCUAGAGAUUCUUCUCCUCCUGCUUCUGAUCCUUCUCUUCUUCAAUCGGUUAAGAAGAUUUGUGAACUUUGUAAAUCUGAAAAUUCCGACGAUUUAGUUGCUAGAGUAUAUCCCUCCAUUAACAGGCUAUUCCAACGGUCGAUUUCUUCUAUUCCUCAAUCGACCUCUUCUCAUGCAUUUCUCUUGCUGGCUAUUCUCCAAUUUUUCUUGGACUUUGGAGAGUCUGUUCUUCAUGACGCUGAUCCCAGCCUAACAAUGUUCUUUCGUGCUUGCUUGAGCCGUGAUUUUGCUGAUCCUAGCAUUGCAGAGGCGACAAUUGAAUUUCUAAAUCGGAAUAAGAAAAAGCUUCAGACUUCAUUUCCUACCGUGUUGCCUCAGUUCUUCCCCUUGCUAUUGAAGCUAAUUGCAUGGAAUGGAGAGAAGUUAGAGAAAUCAUUUGUGAAGAUAUUCCCUACACUAGUGGCUCCUGGUUCAUUUUUGCCUUUAUACCCUGCUAUUUUGGACUUGCCCGUGCUGGUUAUUGCUCUGGAGAAGGUGGAAAAGAGCUCUGGAUCACUUGUUGGUAGCAGCAUUGCUUCAAUCAAGAGUAGUACAGCUCCUGAGAUGCUUCUUGCCCUAAUGGACGAGGCCUACACAGGCUCAACGAUUGCAGUUGGAGAAGGUGACUCUGAAUCUGAGGACAACAAUACUAUUGAUGUUGCUGAUCCAGCUUUCCUUGAUGUUCUUAAGGAUGAGAAUGACGGUAUUGCGGAGCGUCAUUGGACAUCACCUGCUAUUGCUUCAGCGAUAGAGGCUGCUAAAAGUGCUCCUCAGUCUGAUCGUUUAAAACAAUCAUUAAAGAUCGCACCUCACCUUUUGGAUGUAUACUUUGCUAUAGCAUUGCGUGAUGUCAAUGAUUCUUUGAUCUGUGCACUGAUCCCUCUGCUUAUGUUAAGAAAUGCGGUCAUCUUUCCUGACAAAAUUUACUCUUAUGAGGUCAGAAAAAGAUUCCUGGAAUUCAUGCUUGCUUCAUUUCAGCUAUCGCCUAAUUUUAUUGCACUUCUGAAGAAGCCCAUUAUAGAUAGACUUGGAGAAGCAUAUGAUAGCCAAGAGAAGACGGAGUUGGCUUUACAACUUUGUUGGGCUAUUGGAGAGCAUGGAGGGGGUGGUGAAUCUCAUAAAGAAGCUGCUCGUGAACUUUUUGAAAGUUUGGAGUUACUUUUGUACGAGAAUCUCUCAUCUAGUAGCCGUAUUGGCUUAAGACAAGAAUCUAGUCUGAGCUUCAGCCGCUCAUCUAGUCUAAGCAUAUCUAGCACGGGCUCUGAGAGGGCAGCACAGUCUAGACUUCUAUGCUUUGUCGUAACAGCUAUUGCAAAGCUUGCUACUUACCACCGUGAAUUACUACCUAGGGCGCGUGUAUCUUUAGCAAAGGUAGCUCGGUCUCGGCUAUCGGAUUCAAGGGUUUGGACUAGGGCUCGUGAUUGUUUGGGUCUACUUAAUGAGCCCGCUAUAUGUAUGUCUGUGUUGGGGGUGUCAUCACGACACCCCAAGGGAGAGAAGUAUCCUGGAACAGUCAACUGGAGUGACGGUGGGACUAAAAUGAUUGCACAUGUCCCAUUUUAUAUCUUGGCUGGACAUGCAGGCCCACCAUUUCAUGAUUUUGCCUUCUCAGACAUUCUUCCAAGCAAAUGAUUAGUGCUAGUUUUGCGGCAACACGUUUGAAUAUUUAUACCUGAAUUGGAAAUCUUGCUCAUCUGAGUAGAAUCAAGAACACGCAUGUUUUCAUGGCAGAUCAGUGCUUCUUAUUGUGUCUGAACUUUCUUCUAAUAUGAAGCAUAGUGGAGCAUCUAUGUUUGUUCCGUCUCGUCAGCCUAGCACAAAAGUUAGUUGGAUUACUUAUCAUCGUUCCAACUUUAUAGAUGUCUCCGAAGAGACAGGUUACUUAUCAUCCAAAGCUGUUCGUAUUUCAGUUUUUGAGCAUUGUCUCAAGACUCUAAAGAGACGAGAUAACAGAUAUCACAUAUUAUGUCGAGGAUUUUGGGAAUAAUGUGUAGACUGUCAAUAAAGAAUGAAUUCAUAAGUGAAAUGUGCGGUGUCAAAUUUGAAGAAUGCUUGUUUCGUAUUUGUGCGGAAUGCUGUAUUUAUGACCAUAACCAUGAUCCAUGGCUCAUGUUGGAGGCGUGAGAGUAUGAAACUCUAAUAAUCAUUUUAAACUAUUUGUUGAGUCGGUUCUUUUACGGAAACCGUAAGGUGAUCACUUGGCUAUUGUAUUA